ACUACCAACAGAGACAACGUGGAAGAGGCAACCACACAGCUCUAGUUCAAUUCCGCGAUUCCAGCAGACCCCAUUCAGAGGAUCGAAACAGGGCCUAACUGAAUUGCGGCAAACUUUAGUAUCUCUCCUCACAGAUCGUAAUCUCCUGACCCAAUCAGCCGCACCAGAAGCGCGCCGUCGCCGUCCCCGUCCCCGGCCGCGAUCCGGAUCACCAGCUCACCACCACCGGCCAACGCCGCGUGACCUCACUACUCCACUCUCCACACUGCCCUUCUCCCACCUCCCGAACCCCGAUCUCCAACCCGCAAUGUCGCUCCACCAGCGGCCGCACCAGAAGCCGCCGGCCGCCGGCGACUCCCUCCCCGUCUCCUCCUCUGCCGCCGCUACCUCCCGCCCGCUCCCCCUCCUCGCGCUCCCCUACCUCUUCUCCCUCCUCGCCAUCCUCCUCUUCGCCGCCCUCCUCCUCCCCUGGGGCCCCUCCGCCGCGCGCUCCUCCUCCUCCCCGUGGCGCGCCUACACGCUCCAGGAGGCCGCCGCCUUCGCCGCCGCCGCGGGCAACGGCACCGUUCUCCUCGCCGCCAUCUCCAGGCCUUAUCUCCCUUUCCUCUCCAACUGGCUCAUCAGCGUCCGCCGCGCCGGCCGCGCGGACCAGGUGCUCGUCGUCGCCGAGGACUACGAGACCCUCGAGAGGAUCAACGCUGCGUGGCCUGGGCACGCCGUCCUCGUGCCACCGGCGCUCGACGCCCAAGCUGCCCACAAGUUCGGGUCCCAGGGGUUCUUCAACUUCACCUCGCGGCGGCCGCGGCACCUGCUGCAGAUUCUUGAGCUGGGCUACAGCGUCAUGUACAACGACGUCGACAUGGUGUGGCUCACCGACCCGUUCCCGUACCUCGUUGGCGAUCAUGACGUGUACUUCAUGGACGAUAUGACUCCUGUGAAACCACUCGAUCAUUCACAUGAGCUGCCACCGCCAGGGAAGAAAGGGCGGACAUAUAUUUGCAGCUGCAUGAUCUUCCUCCGUCCGACGGAAGGUGCGAAGUUGCUGCUAAGGAAGUGGAUUGAGGAGCUCAAGGAGCAGCCCUGGUCGAAGCAGAGGAAAUCAAAUGAUCAACCAGCUUUCAACUGGGCUUUGAACAAGACUGCUGGGCAGGUUGAUGUGUACCUGCUGCCUCAGUCUGCAUUUCCAACUGGAGGCCUGUAUUUCAAGAAUAAAACAUGGGUCGAGGAGACGAAGGGCAAGCAAGUCAUUAUACAUAAUAACUACAUCACAGGGUUUGAAAAGAAGAUAAAACGGUUCCGAGACCAUGGGCUGUGGUUGGUAGAUGAACACAGCGAUGAGUCACCACUUGGUAGAAUAUGAGUACGGUGUCAAGGCUAAAGCGCAUCUCUCCUUGCUGCAGCAUCACAGAUUUUGUAGCUGAUGUAUGACUCGCACACUGUCAGUUUCUGCCGAACCAAACGCUGGAUAAGUUUCAGUUCACCAUGCGAAAUGCAGCCGUCGAAGACCAAAUCCAUAUGCAGAAAAUUUUACUUGUUAAUAUCUUGUUUGAUCUGUGUGUCAACCCCUUGUAGAGGUAUCCUUAUUCAUGGUGAUUAUUUUUUACUUGUUAAUAUCUUUCUUUUUUGAAUAUAUUUGGUCUUACUGAAAACGGCUUGAUUGAGGACACUAAGAUCUUAGGGUGUGGCUGACGAGAUAUCCGUUAGCCAGUACACUUUUUGUACAACAUAGUUAUAGUUAUCUGUAUCAUUAUCACUGAAACUAAGCCAUUCUUUUUUGCUGUAGGGAUUGAGUGGAUGUUAUUGCAGUAA